UCACUUUCACUAUCUUUCGGUUUGAACUACCCAGCGGUGGCAGUUUAAUGGCUGGAAUGGGGGCUGCGAUGGAAACUGCGGCUGACGUUCGCCCCCCGACGUGCCCUGUAUGUGGCCAUAGUUGUAGCGAGCCCAGCACGCUGAGAUGCGGCCACUGCUUCUGUACCAACUGCAUCCAGGAGUUAUGGAGCGGCUCCCCGACGGGCCCCUACUACUGUCCGGAGUGCAGGGACGAAUACAGGAAGCUGCCCGCUUUCGCGAGGGAGGACGUGGAUCCGCCGCAGCAGCGCAACGUUGCAGAGCAGGGAUAUGAAUUUUCAGCCUCUCCUGCCAGCUCACCCACCGCUGGUGGCCCUGCAGUGACCUGCCAUUACUGCCCCGCCACUGCAAUGGGGCGGCCUGCGGCCAUGACGUGCCUGGUGUGCGGGGCCUCCAUGUGCGUGGAGCACCUGCAGCCGCACCUGGAAUCGCCCGUGUUCCAGAACCACCCGCUGGUGGAACCCCUGGCGGACAUCUCCCAGUGGCGCUGCCAGGAACACCAGGAGAUGAACAAGAUCUUCUGCCGCGACUGCGGCACUUGCGUGUGCACCGUGUGCACCGUCAUCGGGGUCCACCGUGGCCAUGCCUGCAUCAGUGUCUCUGAGGCUGAGAAGGAGCUGAGGGAGAAGUUGAAAAGUCAGCUGAAGACGGCGCAGAAACAAGAGAGAGUAGUGCGGAACAGAGUCGAUUUGCUCACACAGAAGAAGGAGGAUGUUCAGCUGCUUCUGGACAGUGCUAGAAGCAGGGUGCAGGAGCAGUACGCGGCCAUGCGAGAAGCUCUGGAGCUGGAGGAGCUGCAGGCCGUGCAGAGCCUGAACCGGGAGGAGAGCUGGGUGAUGGGCUGCGUCGGGCAGAAGCUGAGCCUCCAGACGGACCUCCUGAAGGACAUGCAGCUUGCUGUGAGCAGCCUGAAGAAGCUGAUGUAUGACAAGGAAAGGUCCCGUAUGCAAGACCAGGCGUUCAUCACGGAGUACAACAAGAUAACAAAAAGCCUGAGUGGAAUACCCGAGCCGGCAGAGGACUCCGAGCCUGAUGGGGUGGACAAAUAUCGGCUGCAGCAGUUGCAGGCCUGGGCCGCGCGGAGGGUUGGGGAGGUGAAGCUGUCGAUGCCCAGCAGGGAUGCUCUGCGUCUGCUCUAUGGGACUGUUCCGUCUCUGAACCCAGAUACAGCUCAUCCGAAACUGGUGCUGUCUGAGAAGAACAGGAAGGUGACGUACAGCGAGGACCCGCAGCCGUACCCCGAACUCGCGGCUCGCUUUAGCGUCUUCCCACAGGUGCUGGGCAGCCGGUGUCACGAAGCGGGCCGGGUCUACUGGGAGGUUGAGGUGUCGAGCGAGGGCCGCUGGAGGGUGGGAGUUUGCGAGGCACUGAUCGAGCGGAAGGGAGGUGACAACCCCAGCCGACUGGGAUACAACCGCCAUUCCUGGUGUCUGUUUGGGGAGCGGAAUAAGGUGGAGGUCCUGCACGACACGGUGACUACCCACCUCGGGGACAGCAGUCCACAGAGGGUUGGGGUUUACCUGGAUCUGGAAGUGGGCUCCCUGUCCUUCUACAGCGUCACCGAGGGUGGUGACCUAGCCCUACUGCAUAGCUUCCAGCACACGUUCACACAGCCACUCUACCCCGCGCUGGCGGUCUCUAAAACACAGCUCACCUUCUGCAAUCUGUUCCAGCCGACUGACGACGACUAGAAGUCAAGGCUGCACUGUGCCAAACGUGCGGAGCCUCGGAUGUGUCCUGCGUCACGUAAACUACAGAACAUUUGGAAAAGGAUUUUGAGGGCAAUACUGUGUUUUUACUAUAAUCUUCAUAGUUCAUUAGCUAUAAUACUUCUGGAGGUAAAAAGCACAAGACAUAUUACUUAAUUUAUUUACAUAAUUAUGUAAUUAUCUUUGCAAUUAUGUAAAGGAUAUGUUACAGAUUUGAGUGAUUUUACACCAUCUAUUCAGUAAGCCACAGUAAAUCUAUACUUUUGAAUUUCUUUCCUACCUUAUUAGCUUUACACAUAAAAAAUGCUAAUUCAUCCAUUUAAUCAGGUGAUUUUUUUUUAGGGAUUUAACUUCAUGUUGCUGAUCUUGAAUUAUUGCAAUAAUGAACUGGACUCUUUAUUUGCACCGAAUGAUCUGUUCGACGAGGUCAUGGUUUUCAUUAAAAACCUUAUGAACUUCAA